AUGUUCGGCAAUAAAUCAGUGUAUAUUCAAACAAUUGUUUGGAAUGAGAGACGUUUUAUUGAGUCUAAAUCAGCACGAUAUGCAGCUCGACGAUGUCUAUAUCGAGCAGCAAAUAUUCUAUUAAACAUUGAAUUUAAAAACCUUUCAAAUCAAAAUAAUGAAAUUCUUCAUGAAAUAAAUCGCAGUGAAAAUGAUUUACAAAAAUAUGAUGAAAAACUUCAAAUGCUUGAUAAUAUGAGUCAAUUAGCAACACAAUCACUUGAAGUUUAUUUUCAAACACGCAUGGAAAAUCUACGUACAUUUGUUAAUGAACAAUGUCGUAUUAUUGCUGAUGGUAUACAAGAAGAAGCUGAUCAUUGGAAAGAAAUUCAUGCCAUGUUGCAACAAAAAUUAGUCGUUCCCGGUGAUUUACGUUCAUAUGGUGGUGGAAAUGGUUUACCGCGAGGAGUGAAGCAAAGUCCAGAUUUUAGUCGAAUUCUUGAAGAAGAGGAAGAAGAAGAAGAAUAUGAGGAAGAGGAAGAAAAGAACAAUGAUGUAUCUAUUUUAUUGCAAGCACGAACUCUGACACCUUUGAUCACACAAACAUUAAAAAAGGCUCGUUUACGUGCUUCAAAAUUCUCGCAAGAUACGUCAAUGAUUGGUACUUCUCAACUUAAUAUGUCUACAACUGUUCAUGAAGAAACAUUAGUCGAAGAAUCACCAUCUCCAGUAAAAGCGAUAGGAAAUCAUAUGACAUUGCGUGAUGUAUCUGCUAUUGAAAAAGAAACCGAAAUGGAAACAGAUAUUACUAAUGCUGAUUUAUCUGUUUCACUUUUACAAUUUAUUCCAACAGUAAACAAUGAUGAAGAUAAAAAAGAACAUAAUAAAUCUAUACGUUCAACAAUCUCAGAUAAGACAUUUGUUAAAAAUUCACUUAAACCAAUCGCAUCCGAAGAUGAAACUGAUGAUGAUGAUGAUGAUGAUAAUGAAGAUACCAUAGUCGAAGAAAGUAUUAUUAAUAAUAGUAAAGAACGUAUUCGUUCAUUGCUAUUAACUACUGAUCAAUCCAUUCGUAUUCGUGAUCGGCAAUCAGGACAAGAAAAAUUAUCUUUGUCAAAUAAAUCUCUUGAAGAAAAACCAAAAAUUAAGCAAGAAAAAGUCAGUUUUCGAGAACCAAUUAAAAUAAAUAAUCACAAUAGUAAUGUACAAGAAAAUCAUUUAGGAAAAACAUUUUUAUUAAAUAAUCAUACAUUUGAUGCUGAAAAAUCAGAGUACGUUCGACCGACCAUCAUUAUUAAUAAUGAUACUUCGAGAUUAUCACCGAUAGCAUCAGCUGAAUCAGAAGAAGAGGAAGACGAACAACAACAGCAACAACAACCACAAAUCAAUACAUCGAAAAGAGUAGAGAAACGUUCAAUUGAUCAAGUAUUAUCAACAUCAACGACAACUAGUCGAAAUAAAACAUUAAAAAGUCCACUUGUGACACAAUUGCCACCCGCUGUGCCAAUACUAACUCUUGAAAACAGUAAUAAAAGACGGACAACCCGUCGGACAAUUCAAGACAGUCAAAAUGUGCCACCACAACCGGUUGAAACACAAACUAAAACUCGUUAUCAAACACGAUAUUCAACUCGACUGGCAGGAACAAUUGUAACUGAAGAAACAACAAUAUCAACGACAACACAUCGACGAGCAACACGUCUUACUUCAGAAUAG